UCGCUCGCUUGACUGUCACUGAGAGAAGGGAAAGCAAAGGGAUCAGGCGGUAGAAAUGGAGAGCUAAAGGACUGGCAGGGUGAGCAAAAAAUGUUGAAGAGACAUGGCGUGGCAGCAUGACAAAAUAAGGGGAUCUCAGUUCACCAAAAGGAGUUCUCUGAAGAAUAAAGUCAGGGUUGAGGAGUCGAGCUAACUGUCAGGAGGAUUUUCUUUUCGCUUUGGUUUUACCUCGUAAUCAGUGCGCACACAACGUUUGUGUUGGGCAGUAUCUGCAGAGAGAAGUCUGUGGCGAACAACCCAGUCUGACAGGAUAAAAGGUAGCUCAGUAUGAGUCGAGAUGGGUGGACAAAGAAGAGAGCCAAUGCCAAUGAUGACAAUGGUUGGGCUGAAAAGGGCGGCUACAUGGCUGCUAAAGUGUCUAAGCUGGACGAACAGUUUAAACUUGAUGCCCCCAGAGAAAAACAGAAGGAAGGUGCAUGCUCCAACAUUUUCUGUGGAGUGUCCAUCUAUGUCAAUGGAUACACAGAUCCAAGUGCAGAUGAGCUACGCAGACUGAUGAUGCUGCAUGGUGGCCAGUUCCACCUCUAUUACUCUCGCUCCAAGACCACCCACAUCAUCGCCAAUAACUUGCCCAACAGCAAAAUUCAGGAGCUCAAAGGGGAAAAGGUCAUCAGGCCAGAGUGGAUCACUGACAGUAUCAAGGCUGGGCGUCUCCUGCCUUACCUACAGUACCAGCUGUAUGCUAAACAGAAAGGCCUACUCUUCCCUGGCACGACUCUGCGCCAGACGUCAGAGAUCGCAGGACCCAGCCAUGAGCUGCUUCAGCUGAGCGUCCAUCAAAAGCUUCAUCUGCCACAGUGCAGCAUUCAACACUCUGUCCUAAACCAUGAACAGUCCUCAUCCAGCUGCCAGAAUAACUCCAUCCCUAACCCCAGCCGACUUUACCAAGGCAACACCCAACCUCAGUCCAUCCAGUACAGCUCUGUAGCUCGCUUCAUUAACCCUCCACCAAGUCACUUAGCAUCCAGUCACCUCAAUACAGAUCCUAGGUACAGAAGCCCUUUACACACCUACCCGCUGUCUAACCCAAGCCCCACAAAGCACCCCCACAAGCCCCCACAGUCUACUCUUCAAAAACCUCAUCCUAAUCUCCAGCACCAGAGAGCUGGCCAACCACAACCUCAGAUCAGCUCCUCUUGCAACAGUGCCUGGAGUGGCUCCAAGGAAGUGGAAUUAAAGAUAAACGGAUUAUUGCAGACCUCAUUGGAUGUGAUGAGCCAUUCAAAAAUGUAUGAAAUGCAAGAGUGUGGCAAAGAAGAUCCUUUCCUGCAGGUGGUGAAGGAAGCACCCCUGACAAAUGGACACACUCAUCUUUUUAAUGGUGCCUUAAAGCCAGAGGACCUGUCCCCUGUUACAGGUGAACCCUCUAUUGACAAGGAAUGCAGAGUCAGGAGUUCAGAGAAUAAACCUCAGAGUCCUCCAGUGCAGUUUCAGACCAAACCUGAUCCGUAUGAAUUUCCCCACAGUCCUCCAAAGCAAUCCGAACAGUCUCCUGUCUUUCUGGAACAAUCCAACUCACAAGGAGCCAACGAGCAGAGACCCAAACCUCCACCUCCCACCUACCAGGAGGCUAUAAAAGCCACCGAAAGCCACCUACUCCCAAAUCAGCUCCAGCCAUCCUGUCAAGUUGAUUCAAAUCCUGAAAAGACUCCUCUUUCACCUGCAUCUCGCUGUCUUUCACGUUCUCCAAUUCGACUGAACGGAAGUCACCACAAUGCCUUUUCAUCUGACCCUGCCUUUGUAAACACAAGCAACAUUACAGCCAAACCUGAUCCUUCCACUGAAAAGUCACCAUCAUCUAAGUCUUCAGCACAGCUGCUGGCACAGACAGGCGGUUUGAUCUCUAAGUUCUACUCUCACUCGCGUUUACACCAGAUCUCCACAUGGAGGUCUGGCUUUUCUGAGUAUGUCAAUGAACUGCACAGCAAACGAAAAGCAGCGGGUGGAGCCUCCUUUCCUGGGAAAGACCGACUGAGGAAAUCUGUGGCCCAGCGCUUUACAGACAGUCAAGGUAUGCUGGCACCUACAAGUGUUAAAUCUUGUAUUCUUCAUGUGGACAUGGACUGUUUCUUUGUGUCUGUGGGGAUCCGACAUCGACCAGAGCUCAAAGGGAAGCCUGUAGCUGUGACCAGUAACCGUGGACAGGGCAGAGUGCCUCUGAGGCCAGGGGCCAACCCUGAGAUGGAGCAGCAGUACUACCAGAGGAAACAUACUCAUCCUCAAACUGAGAGGGCAGAUGAGGAUCUAUACAGAACUCCUUCACAAAAGAGUCCUGACUCGUAUGCCAACGGCGUGGACCAGGAUGCUGCUACUCUCUCAAUGGCAGAGAUUGCAUCCUGCAGUUAUGAGGCUAGGCAGGUGGGCGUGAGGAACGGAAUGUUUUUUGGCAAAGCAAAACAGCUGUGUCCCUCGCUGCAGUCUGUCCCAUAUGAUUUUGAGGCCUAUAAAGAGGUGGCUCUCACUAUGUAUGAGACUCUGGCAGGUUAUACCCAUGACAUUGAGGCUCUGAGCUGUGAUGAAGUGUUGAUAGACGGUUCUGCUCUGCUAGCUGAGUUGGGCAUCAACCCAGAAGAUCUGGCCAAAGCGAUCAGAGCAGACAUCAAGGAGAAAACAGGAUGCUGUGCUUCCGUGGGCAUGGGGUCCAACAUCCUGUUGGCUCGGCUGGCGACCCGUAAGGCCAAGCCAGAUGGGCAAUACUUCUUAAAGUCUGAAGAAGUGGAUGAUUUUAUCAGGGACCUGCCGGUGACCAGCUUACCAGGUGUUGGGCCUGUUAUGGGCAGAAAGCUGGCUGCUAUGGGUGUGAGGUCAUGUGGGGACCUCCGACAGAUGUCUCUGUCUCAGCUGCAAAAGAAGUUUGGCCCCCGGACCGGACAAACCCUGUUCCGCUUCUGCAGGGGGCUUGAUGACCGACCUGUCCGUUACGAGAAGGAAAGGAAGUCUGUCUCAGCUGAGAUGAACUACAACAUUCGCUUUACUAGGGUUGAUGAGGCAGAGUGUUUCCUGACUAACUUGUCCAUGGAGGUGCAAAAACGUUUACAAGAAGCAGGGCUGCGGGGUCGCAGAGUUACCCUUAAGGUCAUGGUUCGCAAGGUUGGAGCUCCACUGGAGUCGGCUAAAUACGGUGGUCAUGGCAUAUGUGAUAACCUCGCCAGAACUGUAAUGCUUGCUCAGUCCACUGACAGUGGUCAGCUGAUUGCCACUGCAGUCAUCAAGCUGUUCCAUGCCAUGAAGCUGCAGGUUCAGGAUCUGAGAGGAGUCGGCAUCCAGGUUCAGCUUCUUGAAGGAAAUCACUCUAUCCCCCAGGACUCCACGGGCUCCCGGGCACGCUCCAUCAAAGAGCUGUUGCUAAACCAGGGAUUAAGUGUGAGAUCCAGCAACAGAGGUUUGUGUAAAGUCUUUGUGUUUCAGUUUGUAUCUUUGUUGUCGUCUGUGAAAUCAGUCGAGUUCAAGAUCAAUAUUACAGAUGCUGCUGACAACAACACACGCCAGGAAAAGACUUCCUCAACCACAGCCACAUCAUCUGGCUCCUCUUCACAUCUUCUGUCAUCUCCCGAGCCAGUCCCGGGGACAAGCAGAGACCAGCAGGCAUGCAGACAAACUCCAAAACAUUCUCGAGCCCGUCUCAACUUAAGUAUUGAGGUCCCCUCGCCAUCACAGGUGGAUCGUUCUGUGUUGGAGGCCUUGCCUGCAGAGCUGAGAGAACAAGUGGAACAGUCGUGGACUAAUAGGGAUGGGAGAUCAAGUAACUGUCGGUCACCCAGUCCACAGCCCUCUGCUGCUCUUCCACAGCCUCCCUCUCUGAAGUCUCGUCCAACCUCCCCUCCUCGUCCUCCCGCCCCUGGUCCUACACUGUACACUCCACCUGUUGGCACGUUGGUUCUACAGAUUCCAAACCAGCCAGACAGUCUGGGAAUUGUACUGGAACUACCAAACUUCUCACAGGUUGAUCCGGACGUAUUCGCUGCCCUUCCAAAAGAGCUCCAGGAAGAACUGAAGUCUGCCUACAACCGCGUAACAAAUGUCCAGCCCCAGGCAAAAAUGUCAGUGGAACAUAAGAAUCCCUUGUUGCAGCUAAAACAGUCAGGAAUCGGAAUUGGUAAUGGUCGGGUGAAGCGGCGCUACAAGAGAAAAAAUGCAGUGAGCCCUGUUAAAAAAGGUCCGUCCCCUGUGAAGAGGCGUCACAUGACGAACAGCCCAGCCAAAUCCCUACCAUCUCCUUUAAAAUCACGGGAACCAAUGAACAUAGUAAAGACUGACAAUGGUCCCUCCACAUCGACCUCAAAACCGGACAUCCCAGAGUCUCUGUCCAAAUUCAUUCCUCGCCCUGCUCCAGCGUUGGCCGGAGCCUGUGACCUGACGGACAUUAAAACACUCCUACGGGAAUGGGUCACCACCAUAACAGAACCCAUGGAGGAGGACAUCCUGCAGGUGGUGAAAUACUGCACUGAUCUGAUUGAGGAUAAAGAUCUGGAGAAGUUGGAUUUGAUUAUCAAAUAUAUGAAAAGGCUCAUGCAGCAGUCGGUGGAGUCUGUUUGGUGUAUGGCUUUUGACUUCAUCCUAGACAACGUGCAGGUGGUUGUGCAGCAGGCUUAUGGUAGCACCCUGAAGAUACCAUGAAGAAGAAGGGUUUUCACUGUGUGUUACCAUUAAACCAUCACUUUUUGUUUUGCUGCUUUCACAGGGUCACCUGCAAUACAAAUUAUGACAUCUAAAUGAUGAUACUCCUCCUUCUCAACUGUGAUACCACUCCAGCAUCUGCCAGAAUAUUCUCAAUGGCCUCCUGAGAGUGAGACACAAAUUAAUGACUUCACACACACCUCAGAGUACAUUAUUUUCUGUACUUUUUGUACUCUUUAAGGGACAAGUAACUGAAAGGCAGGAAAUGUACUAAAUCUACUCACCAAAACUCAGAACAGUGAUAAUCGUAGCAGCUUUUUGCAAAUUCAUUUUUCUAAAUAAUUCUAAGACUCAUUUUCAAACGUAUGUGAAAUUUUAUAUAAAGAUUUUUGCAGGCAGUGUGUAACUAUUUCUUAUACAUCCAGUCUAAGCCAGGUCAGAUUUUAAAUGUACCUCCUCCUGGUGAGUGUUUUUCCAUCUGAUAAAGCAGUUGACUUCCCUUAUGUGUUCAUAAGGUUUAAAUAGUGUUACACAGGCACUCUAAGUUUAAAAUAAUGACUGUGUUAAACACAAUCAUCAUGUUCAAAUGCAAAGCAUCUUUUAGCAAUUUUUAGAAUCAGUCAGUCUUGUAGCAUUCCUCAAACAUCAGACUUACGAUAUUCCCAGAAAUGGAAGGUAGAAAAUAUCUUAUUUUUCAUCAGUGUUUUGUUGGUGCUCAAUGCCACUUUUACUGAUCUGUGAAAUAUCUACAGCUGCUGUGUCACAAAAAAGCAAACAAAAUAUAGUCUGCUGCAUACAGUAGUAUCUUUUUUUCUUGUCUCUCGCAAAAAAGUGCCAAACCUUGUUAUUAUAGUAUGUACAUAAUGUUUUUAAAGACACUUGUUUAAAGUUUUAAAAGAAAAGAUGUAUGUGGAGGUUUAACCUCUUGUAUUGUUUACAUGUAGUGAAUUCUUAGUAACUGUCUUUAAAUUGUAAAUCUUCUCACUCUUUAAUUGUUUGUAAGUGUUCCAACAUGAAAAUCAGAAGCUGGCCAAAGCACUUCAUAUGAGGUUAACUGUUGAUUCUCAGUAGCACUCUGACUUAGGAGGAUGUUCACAGGGGUUAUGGCAAUCAAUAAGUAGCCUAUGCAUUUAUUUUUUUCACUAACAAGUGAGAGAGAUCCCUUCAAGAUAAUGUAACAUUUCAUACAGCCUUUGUAUCUGGAGUAAAUCUUGGUUUUCUAGUGUUUCCAACCUAGUUACCAGUUUCUCAAAUCUGAAUAUUGAAAUAAUGCUGGAUUUGCAUAGGAACAGGUGACCUGAUUUUUAACUCUGAAACCCAUUGUAUGUACUUGUAUACAUACACUGGAAACAUUUGUAUGGCUUGUGGCUACAUCAUUGUAUUUCUGUGAAGGUAACUAUUUGGUGAUUAGACGUACUCAGCCGAUGCAGCUGGCUGGCUUGUGAACUCACCAUGCAAGACGUGUGUGGUUGAAAAGUUUGUUUAAAACCGUAUCCCCUAUAUGCAAACCAAAUCAGUCUGUCAUUUUUUAAACUUGUUGAAAUGAAUGUAAUUCAGAAUGUGCAAGUCUCCACUCACUUUUAAGAUGUUUGCUUCUCCUGUCAUAUCUUGCCAUAAGGGAAUGGCCAGAAGUUAAAAUUGGCCAGUCUUGUUUUCUCUAAACUGGCUUGUGCCUGAAGACCUGAAGCUGUGAACUUGUUUGUAAGUUUUUUAAAUCUUGGUAAUAAACUGUAAACUCUGUAUUAA